UCCCAGUCGUCGUCGCCUGCGGAGGGACAAUGUCGCCCUUACUGAUGCUUUGGUUUGCAGUUUCAUUUGAAAGACGGAUCUGAUAACUUAAGGUUAGCGGCGGAUUCAAAAGCCAGUCAAGCAACCAAUCGAACUACGUCCCGCACUUUGAUUUCCACUCAGCCUUGCAGGACCCGCAUUCAGAACGAUUGCAGAGGUUUUGCCGGCGGCCACCGACGCUCAACGGCGAGGCAGAGCUUGAGUCACCCCGCGCCAGAUUCCACCCGCAUUUUGGAUGCAGAGCCCGUGGAUCCUCGCCAUCCGGUCUGCUCGAGCACGACCAGGCUUGACUAGGACAGUGGUUACCCUCUCAAUCGCACCCUUCAAACUCGAACCCUCGCCACAAUUCGCGACGACCUCGUCCUCCUCCUUCUCUUCGGCGACGCUUUCGGUGACGAACCCCGCCGACCCCGCGGUUGCCACGAUUAUGGCGCCCAAAGCCCCCAAAUUCGAGAUUAAGACCCCUAAGGGCACCAGAGACUGGUCUGGCCCGGACAUGGUGCUCAGGGAGAAAAUAUUCAAGACCAUCACCGACGUCUUCAAGCGCCAUGGCGGUGUCACCAUCGACACGCCCGUAUUCGAGCUGAAGGAAAUUCUUGCAGGGAAAUACGGCGAGGACAGCAAACUCAUCUACGACCUGGCAGACCAGGGCGGCGAGCUCUGCAGCUUGCGAUAUGACCUGACAGUUCCUUUCGCUCGGUAUUUGGCCAUGAACAAGGACGUCACCCAGAUCAAGCGCUACCACAUCGCCAAGGUCUACCGCAGAGACCAGCCGGCAGUGAAGAAGGGCCGCAUGAGAGAAUUUUACCAAUGCGAUUUUGAUAUUGCUGGCGUGUACGAUCCUAUGAUUCCCGAUGCCGAAAUCAUUAGGAUCAUCAAUGAGGUUUUUGAGGGCCUAGGCUGGCAAGGGAAAUACACCAUCAAGCUUAACUCACGGAAAAUCCUCGACGGCCUCUUCCAAGUCUGCGGCGUGCCGGACCACCUCAUUCGCCCCAUCUCGUCCGCUGUGGAUAAGCUUGAUAAGAUGCCUUGGGCUGAUGUCAGGAAGGAGAUGGUUGACGAAAAGGGGCUGGCUCCCGAGGCGGCCGACAAAAUUGGGCAGUAUGUGGUGCUCAAGGGGCAGCGCGAUCUUCUUGAGAAGCUGCAGAAGGAUGAGGCGCUGGCAGCGAACCCGUCAAUGCAGCAAGGCUUCUCGGACAUGGAGCUGCUCUUCACUUACCUCGAGGCCUUUGGCGCUUUGCACACCGUGUCAUUUGACCUGUCUCUGGCCAGAGGGCUGGACUACUAUACAGGAGUUAUCUAUGAAGUGGUAACAGAAGGCUCUGCCCCUGAAAUCCCCGCUUCGGAGGAGGCCAAAGAGCAGAUCUCCAAGAAAAAGAAGGGCGGCAAGCCUGGCGAUCAGGAGGAGGAUCGUUCCGACGACCCAACUCUCGGGAUAGGAUCUGUCGCUGCCGGUGGCAGAUACGAUAACCUUGUCGGCAUGUUCUCGGGGAAGACGCAGGUGCCGUGCGUUGGCAUCAGCUUCGGUAUUGACCGCAUCUUCUCCAUUAUUCAGGCUUCCCAGAAGAAGAAGGAGAGGCGGAACGAGGUUGAUGUCUUUGUCAUGGCUUUUGGCGGCGGCAAGGACUUCACAGGGCUGCUCAAGGAGAGAAGCCAGGUCUGUGCCCGUUUGUGGGACGCGGGUAUCAAGGCCGAAUUCCUCUACAAGGUGAAACCAAAGCUGCAGAACCAGUUCAAGGCGGCCGAGGCAGGCGGCGUGCCGUUUGCUCUCAUUCUGGGCGAGGACGAACUUGCUCAGGGCAAGGCGAAGCUCAAGGAGAUGGGUCUCCCCGAGGACCACCCGCUAAAGGAGGGCGAACUUAUCAGCAUGGAUAACCUCAUUGAGGAGGUGCAAGCACGGCUCGCAAGGAAGCAGCAGCUCGACAGUAUCACGCAGCAAGCCGAGGGCCUGAAGGUGGUGGACGGCAUCAAGGGUGAAGAUGUCAAAGCCGCUGCAGAGGCGGUCCAGCCUGCAGAGUAAUGUGACUCUGGAACGAGACCGUCCGGCCGGGGCCCGCUACGAAUCAUCAAGGCUUGAGAAAUCACGGGCAAUAUGUCACGGUAGAGCGAAGGGCACUGAUACCAUGGCGGGUUAUAGACUUGGCUUCUGAAAACUAGACUAUUGUGGCGCUUCAGUUUUCUUGACGUUCUUUGGCAAACUGUCUCCUUCAAAGGACUUGGAGGUCCUACUGUGUGUACGCUCAAGCACCGUUACAAUCCCUCCCGUGCCACCUACUCAGAGACAACCCCUACCUUUGGCAGGGGCCAAUGCGGGGUUAGAGUCCCCCAACCGCCGCUCCUAACAGUCCCGUCGUCGACGAAGCUACCAUAAG